UGGGUGACCUCCUGCUUGUCCUGGUUUCAACUGUCCAUCCUUUCAGUUUCUUGGGCUUGUUUGUGUCAUUAGGGGAGCUGGAAAUAGCAGCUUAUGUUUGUAUACUACUUUAUAAGUCGUAAAAUUUUGUUUACAUUUCUUUCGUAUAGUACUCAUAACUCAGGGUGACGUCAUCACCCUCAUUUAUAAGAGGGCAUUUACUGGAAACUGAGGCAUAGGGAAUGAGAGUGCCUAAGGGUUCCGAAUAGUCUUGGUACUCAAGAGAAAUGCCUGUUGUUCCAUUGGAGUUUUCCUCUACAACAUCUAUCUCACACACUUAAUUGUGGAAUGUGGUACAGGCCACAUCAUUUCAUCCACAGUGCAAAUAAAAUCUGCUAUUCGUUCACUUGUUCAUUCUUCAAACAUGUGAUCCUUGCCCUGAGAGGUAGAACUGCUCCCAAAAGUAUUGGAAUCUUAAAUGUAAAGGACCAGCUUUCUCCAUGGGCUCUGCCAUUCCCACCCAUGUGGCCCCACUCUAUGACUUCCACUUCUCCAUCUUCUCUUCUCUGGUCACCUCCAACCCCACGCUCUCCGACUUGGCUGCUUCCCUGGGCUCCCCCACUACCUCUCCAGAUCCAGGCCCUCAGCUCACCAUGGGUUCUCCCUCCACCAAAGGGGGAGGAGGGACUAGGACCUGAGUUGCAUAGUGGCUGCCUGGAUGGGCUUAGGAGCCUAUUUGAGGGACCUUCCUGCCCCUAUCCUGGGGCUCUGAUAUCUUUCCAAGCCCCCGUGACUGCCCGCCCUUCCCCUGCCACUCCAUCUGGAGAUCCGAGUAUGGAGGAGCACCUGGCUGUCAUGUAUGAAAGACUGAGACAAGAGCUUCCCAACCUCUUCCUUCACUCCCAUGACUACACUCUCUACUCAUCGGAUGUGGAAUUCAUCAAUGAGAUCCUGAACAUACGUACCAAGGGUCGCACAUGGUAUAUUCUGUCACUGACCCUCUGCCGCUUCCUGGCCUGGAACUAUUUUGCACAACUUCGGUUGGAAGUUCUACAGUUGACACGCCACCCUGAGAACUGGACCCUACAAGCCCGUUGGAGGCUCAUGGGGCUACCCAUCCACAUGCUCUUUCUGCGUUUCUACAAGCGUGACAAAGAAGAGCUUUAUCGGACCUAUGAUGCCUAUUCCACCUUCUACCUGAAUUCCAGUGGCCUCAUUUAUCGCCAUCACCUAGACAAACUGAUGCCUUCACACUCACCCUCAACACCUGUGAAGAAGCUGCUUGUGGGAGCCCUGGUGACUCUGGGGCUGUCAGAGCCAGAACCCAGCUUACGCCUGUGUCCCAAAGCCUGAUCCAGGAACUGGGGUGGGGGCAGCACUGAAAACUUUGCUAUGCAUAUGAGGAGGUGGAAGCAGCCAGCUUCUUCCCCUCUUCUCUCUCCUUCCUUCUUAUCUCAUGCUGUGUAAAGCUGUUGUGUAAUUUAAUUUGUAAAUAAUAAAGUCUAAGUGAAAAUAUGA